GGGGCGGCGGCGGCGGCGGCGACGAGAUAGAGAGCUUGCCGCGGGGCGGACGGGCUGGACGAAACCGGAACGGAGGUGGCGGAGGAUUCGCUCCCGGAGCGGCGGCGGCCAGGUCGGAGAGAGGCCCGGGACGGCGGGGUCCGUGGCCGAGGUAUAUGAGUGACCUAAAGCUGCAAAUAAAGACGGAGCGAGAGCAGUGCCAACUGGAGCAGGGCAAGGAUGCCAAUUCCUCCUCCCCCUCCACCCCCACCUGGUCCUCCCCCACCUCCCGCUUUUAACCAGGCAAACACUGAACAGCCCAAGCUGAGUAGAGAUGAUCAGCGGAAUCGAGGUGCCCUCUUACAAGACAUUUGCAAAGGGACCAAAUUGAAGAAAGUGACCAACAUUAAUGAUCGGAGUGCUCCUGUCCUCGAGAAACCCAAAGGAAACAGUGGUGGUUAUGGCUGUGGAGCUGCUGCCUUGCAGCCCAAGGGAGGUCUCUUCCAAGGAGGAGUGCCAAAGCUGCGACCUGUGGGAGCCAAGGAUGUUUCAGAGAAUCCAGCUGGGAAGCCAGCCCUGCAAGUCCCCAGUUCUCGAGCUGCUGCCCCAAGGCCUCCGGUGUCUACGACCAGUGGACGUCCUCAAGAUGAUACAGAUGGCAGCCGAGCCUCCCUCCCAGAACUGCCCCGGAUGCAGAGACCCUCUUUACCAGACCUCUCUCGUCCCAACACCGCCAGCGGGACAGGCAUGAAGCACAGCUCCUCCGCUCCUCCCCCGCCUCCUCCAGGCCGGCGUGCCAAUGCACCCCCUACACCGCUGCCUAUGCACAGCAGCAAAGCCCAGGCCUACAACAGAGAGAAACCCUUGCCUCCAACACCUGGACAAAGGCUCCACCCUGGUCGAGAAGGACCUCCUGCUCCACCCCCUGUCAAACCACCUCCCUCCCCUGUGAAUAUCAGAACCGGACCAAGUGGCCAGUCUCUGGCUCCUCCUCCGCCGCCUUAUCGCCAGCCUCCUGGGGUCCCCAAUGGGCCCUCCAGUCCCACUAAUGAGUCAGCCCCUGAGCUGCCCCAGAGACACAAUUCCCUACAUAGGAAGACACCAGGGCCUGUCAGAGGCCUUGCACCUCCUCCACCCACCUCAGCCUCCCCUUCUUUAUUGAGUAGUAGGCCACCUCCUCCAGCCCGAGACCCUCCCAGUCGGGGAGCAGCUCCUCCACCCCCACCCCCCAUGAUCCGAAAUGGUGCCAGGGACGCACCUCCUCCCCCGCCACCAUACCGAAUGCAUGGGUCAGAACCCCUGAGCAGAGGGAAGCCCCCGCCUCCACCCUCAAGGACGCCAGCUGGACCCCCCCCUCCUCCACCACCCCUGAGGAAUGGCCACCGAGAUUCUGUCACCACUGUCCGGUCUUUCUUGGAUGACUUUGAGUCCAAGUACUCCUUCCAUCCAGUAGAAGACUUUCCUGCUCCAGAAGAGUACAAACAUUUUCAGAGAAUAUAUCCUAGCAAAACAAACCGAGCUGCUCGUGGAGCCCCACCUCUGCCACCCAUUCUCAGGUGAAGCCUGGCUUAGUCCUGUUCCUCAGGAAAAGGAUGGACCUCCUCUUCUCAGAUGGUCCCCCAACUCCCCUGAAACCUGCAUGAAGAGCUCCUACAGUGUUCCUCCAGUGCAACCCCCUAGACUCCAAGCACCCUCCCAGCAUCUGUCUCUGGACUUGUGAUUGGACUCUCUGUUGGCAGGCAGGAGGGUCUCAAACCCUGCGUCCAACCCUCUUCCAGCAAGCCCUGCUAGCCAGAAGAGGAGAAAGCGUCCUGUCUCCUUCUUUCCUCUGGGGAAAGGUGCCUUGUUUUGGGGAGUGGACUCAUUGUUGGGCAGGGUGGAGAAUGGCACCCCUGCCUGUGCUUACCCACUGUGGGGAAGCUUGGUGGGUGCAUUAUAUUCCAUUGCUUAGGAGGUUGGUUCGGCCAGGACUUCCGGGGACGGGGGUUACUUUUCAUGAAGCCGGAAAGGAGUGUGCUGAGAAGUGAUCUGUUUUAUAGGUCAGGUUUGGAGAAAGGACAAGAAAAUGAGAAUGCUUUAUUUUUGAGUAUUUUGGUUUUGUUCUCUUCUCCUAUCACCCCCGCCCCCACAUCGCAGGGAAGAGUUGAACACACACACUAAAUACUAAUCAGUUAAACUAAACAAUAAAAGGCAAGGAUGAAAUACAUUGAGGAUCAGUGUAGAGCCAGUCAGUUCUGCAGCCAAGGGACCAGGAGCACUUAGAGUCCCCCAGGACUUCUGCGCUCUUUCCUCAGGGUGCUAGGUUGAAGGGUGUUCCAGUCCCUCAAGAGAAGUCUUUUUUUUUUCCCCCCCCCUCAAUGGGGGAUAGCAUUCAUUCCUGAUUCACAACUCCCCCAAAACCUCUGGUGGGAAAUAAGAAGAUAGGACCUGGGUCUUCGCCUCAACCUCAAGUCUGCCUAAGUUUUUUCUAACUGUCCCUUCAGGGCUUGGUGACCCUUUGAGUCCUUCAGGCUGAGAAUGGUGAAUGGAGGUCGAGAAGGAAAGGAGGAAGCACUUGGUGGCAGGGUCUGGCUCUGUGGGGCUGCAAAGGACAGCGGCUCCUGUAGCUCAGCGGGCUCCUCCUGUUCCGUCCUCUGCCCCUCACCUACCCAAGGCCGCAGGACGAACAGCAGAGUUGACGAGGCUGAGGCGGCACAUCGGUGCUUGUGGGCUAUUCAGAUUCUACCGCGCUAAGAAGCACAAAGACGUACGUGAGACGAGCCUCCGGCCAGCAGGUAGCAGGUCUUCCUUGGCAGCCAGCAAUAUGUUGUUUCUUUGUCUUCCAGGUCCUAGUUAUAGAGCACAGAGAGAUGGAUGUUUCAACUGAGGCAGGGAGUGUCCUUUCUGCAACAGCAGGUGUGUUUCCUGGGCACCACACACCGUGUGAGAUGGUUUGCUCUGGCUGUUGCCAUGGGCAGAGGCUGCUCAAGCUUGGCAUGAGAGCCGGGAGACUAGGCUGUUCUUUGAAUUGAAUGGACAAAGCUAGUCGAAACCUCAGUAGAUACAUUACAGGGUCAAACUGCUGUAGGGAUCAGCCAGAUCUAUUGGCUCACAGGCUAAGGAUCUGUGCAGAAGCCAGGUGAAAACCAAAUCUCCCCAGUGCUGGUGAAGGAGGGCCCAACCAUAGGGUAUGUUGUCCUUUAUACCUGCUGGACCACACUGGCUCUUGGGACAGGCUGUGAUUAUUAGAUCCGCCGCCAAACUUUUUCUGGUGGUUCAUUAUUUCUCAUUCUUUUUUUCAAAUCUGUUAGCAGUAACCUCCCAGAAGUUUCCCCAGUCCCCUAAAGUGACCGGAGCUGAGGGGAGUGGUCAAGAGUUGCUUCUACAGCAGAGACCCCGCGUGGACGCUGACACGCUACUGAGCUUUGACUGUGAAGUCCUCCCAGUUGUUUUUGAAUUGGGAGUAGAUGCCUUUUGUACAAUGUUAUCAAAGUGUAUCUUUUUUUCCCCCCCUUUACUGAGACAGAGCAUCAAAAUAUAUCCCACAAAUAAAGCCAAACCCCAGCUUUUGACUGGGGCUGAUACCUUCUUCACCAUGACCUGCUGUCCCUCAUAUUGUCCAGCACUGGACUGUGUCAUGUGGGUGUUGAGUAUUAUUUUCCUUGUCUUUGCCUCAUGGAACCAAAAGAAGAAGAGGAGAAAGAAGGCCUGGGUUUAAAUCUGAGCAGACAGGUUCUCUCCUCCAGAGCAUGUUGAUGACACAGCACCUAUUUCAAUGAUUUUUGCCUUAUACAUUAUUUGGUUCCGCUGCUCAUACAGAUUUAUUAUCAUGCAUAUUUGCUAUUGAAGAUGGGAAUGUGAUCCUCAUAGUAGUUGGUCUAUUUUGUAUGUUGUACAAAGCUUGUAAUAUAGGGUUAACGUGGGCCAGCUGCAAGAGCACUAAAACUUCUCACCUUUUAAACUCCUCUUUUUAUCUGCUCCUGAGAACGUCGUCGUUCCUUCAGUGGAAGCUCGUGGUGGUCUCAUGUUGAGGCUACUGCCCAGUCCAACUAACCCCCUUGUCUCUUCCGGAAGAGACAUUGCUCAACUUAGUGUCAAGAAGCUAUGUUGGUGGCUCUUGUAUGGGUUUGGCUUUGUGACAUUUUUCCCUAGUGGGAAAAGCCUUGUAGCUGUUUCUUUCUGCCCUCCUGGAAUCAGGGCAAUGGUCUCCUGGUUUUCCAAUGAGCUAAAUGCUCUCUUCCCCUCCUCUGGUCACCAAACCUAGGCCAAAGCAAUUUGAUAGUCCAGGUGUGGUUUUCUGUCUUGUCUUGUGGGGAUUUGCUCCUUUGUAGAACCAACAGAAUGAGAGCUUAGGGCUGUCCCAGCUGAUGGAUGUGAAGCUGCUAUCUCCAGGAAUUCAUUCUCAGCCCCUUACCUGGUGAAGGCAAGGAGACUAGUUACUGACCAUUGCCCUGGGUGGGGGGAAUCUCCUCACCACAUAGCUUCACAGCUUGAAACCCAGAUUUACCUCUAGAAAGAGGUGAGGAAAAAAACAAACAAACAAACCUGUAAAUAGAAUUGCUACAGAACAACUCAGGGUUGGGGUAUGUUUUAGUUCUCCUGAUCACUUGAAAUAAUCUGUAGGCUGAGUGCUUAUGGGAGUGGGGGAGAAAUGUGACUCCAGGGUCCUUCCCUUCUGUGAAGCUCUGGGGGUGGUGUAUAGGGCAUCAGAGGCCCUUUGAUGACACUACACUAAGAGGUCUGUCCUUCUGGAAACCCAACCUACAAUCAGUUAAAAGUCAGAUUCUUCACAUUCCACCUGAAAUCUUUCUUUCCCUAUUGACUCUGUCCCUGGCUAUGUGGUCAGGGUGGCUUUCUGUUAAGCUACCCUAAUUUAGGGCAUGGGAGGGAAGAGAGGAGUCCGUUACAACCUCUGUCUUCAAGACUCAAUGCUUGAAAACAAAAUGAAAAAUAUUAUAACCACCUUCAAUAUUAUAUGCAAAAAAAGACACAAAAGUAACCAUUUAACUGAAGGAAGGGUAUGGUUCCAUUCAACUCCACGUUCAUUGUGCCUUUACUUGUGUUAAAUUUCUGUGCUUUCUUCCUCUCCCCCUUUGAAGUAAUUAAAAUCUUCCUUGUUAACUGCCGUUUCCUUCUUUCCACUCUUGCUCCUUACAGCUUAGUGGGUUCCUUCUCUAGCUGUCUAAAAAUCUCAUGCCGCUGAUGGCAGAGGGACUUACUAACCCUUCUUUUUUUAUGUCUGACCUUUGUCCUUUUCCACAGUGGCCAGCAUGGAAGUUACAGUCAACACUGAAUAAAAGACUAGAAUGAUGACUGUGUGUGUGUGUGUGUGUGUGUGUGUGUGUGUGUGUGUGUGUGUGCGCGCGCGCGUUCCUGUCCAUUGUCUGCAUGUGGAUCAGUUUCUUUUAAAAAAUAAUUUAUUAGCCGGGCGUGGUGGCGCACGCCUUUAAUCCCAGCACUUGGGAGGCAGAGGUAGGAGGAUUGCCGUGAGUUCGAGGCCACCCUGAGACUACAUAGUGAAUUCCAGGUCAGCCUGGGCUAGAGUGAGACCCUACCUCCAAAAACCAAAAAAAAAAAAAUAAUUUAUUGUCUGAUUUAUUUGGAGUUAUUUUCU